AUGUGUAGACACGCGCUCACAUACGCGCAGCGCAGAAGGUUGCUGCUUGACUUGCGGAAACUGCAACAAGAGCUCCCAGAGUCAGUCUGCGCCAGCCCGACUGACGGAGACCUGUUCAACUGGCAGGCGGUGAUUCUGGGACCGCGUGAUUCCUUUUAUAUUACCCUCGCAGGCAUAUUCACACUCUCGUUGAAGUUUCCGACCGAUUACCCACACAAACCGCCGACUGUCAAGUUCACAACGCGAAUAUACCACCCGAACAUCUACCAGGACGGCAGCAUCUGUCUGGACAUCCUGGACAGGGAGUGGAGCCCAGUCUUCGACAUAUGCGGGAUACUAACUUCGAUACAGUCGCUUCUCACCGACCCUAAUAACCGAAGUCCGGCGAACAAGGAGGCGGCCGUACUGUACACCGAGCAUCGUGCCGAGUACAUCCGGAAGGUCAAGGAGGCGGUACUGGAAAGCAUAGAGGCAGCGGAAACGCAGAUUGAAAACAAUGAAUAG